AUGAAGUCCGGUCUUGUGCUGUCUCUCCUGGCAGCAGCGAUUGCUCCAGCUUUCGCCGGUGUCGUCCGUCGCCAGUCCAAUGGAGAUCUGGUCCCAGUUGAGGUUAGGGGCAACGCCUUCUUCGCGGGCGAUGACCGAUUUUACAUGCGUGGUGUUGCCUACCAGCCAGGUGGUGCUGCAGACGCAAAGGAUCCCCUCCUUGAUCUUGAGGGUCUGAAGCGUGAUGUUGAGAACUUCAAGACGCUCGGUAUCAACACGAUCCGUGUCUACACGGUCGACAACUCCCAGAAUCACGACGAGGGCAUGAAGAUGCUUGCAGAUGCCGGCAUCUACCUGGCACUCGAUGCCAAUACCCCGGAUUACUCGCUCAACCGUGAGACCGCUGCCACUCUUCACCGCUCCUACAACGACGUUUACCUCCAGAGCGUCUUCGCCACCAUCGAUGCCUUCGCCAAAUACAGCAACCUUUUGCUCUUCUUCUCCGGUAACGAGGUCAUCAACGAGAGGAACAACACCCACGCCGCUCCCUACAUCAAGGCCGUCACCCGUGACAUGAAGCAGUACAUCGCCAACCGCCACGACCGCAUCAUCCCUGUCGGAUACUCUGCUGCGGAUGUGUCGGAGAACAUUGAGCAGCAGGCACUUUACUUCAACUGCGGUGAGGACUCUGUCCGCUCUGACUUCUUUGCUUUCAACGACUACUCCUGGUGCGACCCGUCCUCGUUCACCGAAUCUGGCUGGGACCGCAAGGUCGAGACCUACAAGGACUACAGCAAGCCCAUCUUCCUGUCCGAAUUCGGUUGCAUCACCAACAGGCGUGACUGGGGUGAGAUCGCUGCUCUCUACUCCGAGAACAUGACCGCUGUCUACUCUGGUGGUCUCGUCUACGAGUACACUGUCGAGCCCAACGGUUACGGCCUGGUCGAGGUUGGCGACGACGGCAAGAUUAGCCCCAACGGCGACUUUGACCGUCUCAAGGAUGCUUACGAGGCCACUGCCAACCCCCGAGGCGACGGCGGCUUCAAGUCCACUGGCUCUGCUUCCGAGUGCCCUGCUCAGUCUGAAGACUGGGAGGUCGAAAGCACUGACCUCCCUGCCAUGCCCCGUGGCGCGCAGAAGUUCAUGGAUGAGGGUGCUGGCACGGGUCCCGGUCUUGAUGGCGAUGGCUCUCACUUCGCCGGAGAGCCCAGUGAGGACACCGCUGAGCCUGGCUCUGGAAACCCCACUCGCACACCUACCCCUGGUGCUGCCAGCGGUAGCAACAGCAGUGGCGGCUCUUCUGCUGCCGCUAGCGUUGACAUUCCUCUACGCUUCAUGGGCAUGGUCGCUGCGAGUGUUCUCUUUGGCGCUAUGCUUGUAUUUUAG